AAAUGCGUCUGGCUCCAGCUUAACUUGGCCAAGUCCAAGGGCCUCUGGCUUGGGGGCCGGAGCGGUCGCUCUGACCCCCCUGUCCUACUGGAUUGGUCUUCCUCCAGGUUGAAGGUUCUUGGCGUCUUUAUUGGCCCUGGGAACCUUGAAGAAGUAAACUGGCGUCCUCGGAUAGAUGUGGUGGACCAUGUUCUCAAGUCUUGGCGUUCUCGUUCCCUAUCCUUCCGUGGCAAGGCCCUUGUUAUUCAUGCUCUUGCGCUUUCCCGGGUGUGGUAUGUGGCCUCCCUCAUCCAUAUGCCGGCCUGGGUGUGCAAGGAACUCUCCUCUCUGGUUUUCUCCUUCUUCUGGUCUGGUAAGCGGGAACUCGUUUCUCCCUCUGCUGUGACCCAGUCCCCUGUCUCUGGUUGUUUUUCUGUUGUUGAUGUUCGUCUUAAAGUCUAUGCUCUUCUUGGCCAGUGGGUGAGGACAUUUGUCUCCUCGCCCUCUGGCUGGUGUGUCUCCUUGUCUUCCUGUUUUGUGUCGCGUUUUGGUGUCUAUCCUCUUGAUGUCUUUUCCCGCCCUUUUUCGUUUGACCCCAAGGCCUUGCCGCCUUUCUACCAAUCUCUAUUACUAGCCUGGCGGAGCCUUAAUGGCUCCUUUUCCCACUGGUAUCAAACUCUUGUAUACGGUUCGUCUACUCCCCUUUUUUGUGCUCCUGUCUUAAACAUGUCUACUAGUCUCUGUUACCGUUACCUACUGUCUGAGAACAUGGUCCCGCUGCAUUGCGUGGAGAAGUUUAACACCAUCUAUGGGAAUCUGGACUGGCCUGCCACGUGGCGCUCCCUGUCCCUCUUCCAUCUUGAUCGUCAGGUCACUGACCUUAAUUGGAAGAUUGCACACGGCGUCUUGUACACUGCACAGCGUCUGGCCUCCUUCGGCUUAUCUGUUCCUUUACCUUGCUUCUGUGGUGCCCCGGUGGAGGCACCGGAACACCUUUUCUUUUAUUGCCCUCUUGCUCAGAGCGUUCUUUCUUGGAUACAGUCGUUACUGUUUGGUUUCUCUUCCAUGUGUCCUGUUCUCCUUCUUCGUCAUGUCCUCUUUGGCCUCAAUUCUAAUGAGUUGAGGGCCACCCCUUGUGUUUUCAUCUACCUCCUCAACCUCUGUAAGUUCUUUGUCUGGCAAUCUCGUAACGACUUCCGCUUCCGUAAUUCCAGGCCUGGCGCUGUGGACGUCAUCGCACGUGUAAAGACCCGCCUGAGGUUUCGUCUCAACAUCUUCUUCAGGCGCUUCACAUCCACCCGACGUCGUGACUUCUUCCAUCGGCAGUGGGGUCACUGA